CGACAAUACAACUUGACGGAUGUUUUAAAUGCAUUUCGUACAAAAAUAGUGGUGUUUGCUGGAGACAUAACACCAGUUGAUAUGAUGUGCCAUUUACCUGCUGUAUGUGAAGAAAAGAAUUUGCCUUAUAUUUACACUCCAAGUCGUGCUGAUUUAGGAAAUGCUAUGGGUGUAAAUAGAGGUUGUCUAAUGGUGAUGAUAAGAAGCCAUCAAGAUUAUGAGGAAUUAUUUGAAGAGUGCUCAACAGAAAUUGGAAAACUUCCCAUUCCUAUAUAUGAUCCCCAGCAAACUCUUUAAGAAAAGCAUGUGGUAUGACAUCACGUCAAUUCUAAUUUUGUUCAUCAAUUCAGAAUAUGAAAAAUGUAUAAAUUUCUCCAUCAACAAAAUAAUGCAUUUUAUUAUGACAAAAGUGUAAAAUAAACUAAAUUCU